AUUGCCUUCUGAGUUUCCAAGAGCAGGGCUUGAAUGGGGUGGUGUGAUCCUGUUCAGAACAGAUGGAUGGUUUUCGUAGCCUGCAUCUGGAUUGAAUGUUGUGCAGGACCAUCAUAUGGAUUCAGCAUAUAUUCUCAGGCCAUCAAGACCAGAUUUGGCUAUAACCAACAGCAGCUAGACACCAUCUCUGUUUACAGCAGCUUAGGAGUUUUUGGGGGAUUACUCUCUGGCCUGUUAAACCAGUGCCUCCCUGAUUGGCUUGUUCUGCUCAUUGGGUCUCUCCACAAUUUGGCAGGCUACACAAUUGUAUGGCUGUUUGUAUCUGGGAGACUACCAGUUCCUCCAUUGUGGGAGCUGGGUUUAUUUACCUGUAUUGCCCUCAAUGGCUCCUUAUACUUCAACACAGUCUCAAUGGUGACCUCUGUAAACAAUUUUCCUGAUAACAGAGGACUAGUGGCGGGGUUGAUGAAGGGAUGCUUUGGCCUAAGCAGCGCCAUUCUGUCAACAGUAUGGAAGGUAUUGUUUCCAGAUUCAGAUGGGUCUGACUAUUUGUUAGUGGCAGCCAUAGUCCCAUCUGCACUCACCUUUCUGCUCAUGCCAAUUGUGAGGGAGUAUGAAGCAGAUAAUUCUGAAAAUGGGUCUUCAAGAACUAUGCAAAAUCUGGCUUUGGCGUCUGUGCCCAUGGUGUUUUUGGCAGUGUUUUUCAUGGCUGCCCCUUUCUUGGAUGGGAACUCUUUGCAGGCCAUAAAGACCCGAUUUGGCUACAACCAACAGCAAUUGGACACCAUCUCUGUUUACAGCAGCUUAGCAUUUUUUGGGGGCAUACUCUGUGGCCUGUUAAACCAGUGCCUCCCUUCUUGGAUUGUUCUGCUCAUUGGGUCUCCCCACAAUUUGGCAGGCUAUGUGGUCUUAUGGCUACUUGUAUCUGGGAGACUAGCUGUUCCUCCAUUGUGGGAGCUGGGUUUAUUUACCUGUAUUGCCAUGAAUGACUCCUUAUACUUCAACACAGUCUCAGUGGUGACCUCUGUAAAUAAUUUUCCAGAUAACAAAGGACUAGUGGUGGGGUUGAUGAAGGGAUGCUUUGGUCUAAGUAGUGCUAUUCUGUCAACAACAUGGAAGAUAGUAUUUCCAGAUUCAGAUGGGUCAUCCUAUUUGUUGGUAGCCGCCAUAGUCCCAUCUGCAGUCACCUUUCUGCUUAUGCCACUUGUGAGGAAAUUUGAAGCAGAUAAUUCUGAAAAUGGGUCUUCAAGAACUAUAAAAAAUCUGGCUUUGGCGGCUGCACCCAUGGUGUUUUUAGCAGUGUUUUUCAUGGCUGCGCCUUUCUGA